AUGGCUUGGCGUUUGCUCGUCCCCACCGUGCUUGCUCUCGGCAUCAUCUUGCCUGAUUGCACCCAAGCCAUCAGCAUCCUGGACCUCUUCACAUCUGCAGUGAAGGGUGAGGAGGGGGUGAGGCUGGAUUCUCGGGAGGCCGCGGACUUCCUGCAGAGUGGGUCGGGUCGAUCCCGACGCCACGUCAAGUGGUACCAACAGAACCCGGACUUCCAGUCCUGGUACAAAUACUACCAGACCAUCGGGCACAAUGAGGGGCUCUACGAGAUUGACCGUAUCCGACUGACCUACCAGCACAUGAGGCACUUGGAGAGUGUGUACGGGAAAGAUGCCCCUUACUACCAGCAUACGCUGGGCAUGGGGCCCGGCCCCAGCAAGCCCAAGGGCCCCUGCGACCCCAAGAAGGACGGGGGCUGCAAGCGGCCCUCGAUGGGGCCCACUCCCCACCCCCCCCCCGCCCCCAAGGCCCAGCACCGGCCCCACGGCCCGAUCCCUUGCAACCCGCAGGACCCCGCCUGCCUGCUCCAGUACGUCUACCGUUUCCUGGGGCCCGCCCAGGGUGGCCACCCUCCCUCCACGCCCCACCAAGACCAGCAGGACCAGGAGGACCAGGAGGAUGAGGAGGAGGAAGAGGAGGAGGAUGACGAGGUGGACCCCUACGAUCCACGUUACCACGGCUACUACGGGGACCCCCGCUCAUACUACGGCCCAAACUAUCCACAUGGAUCUCCUUCCAAACCAAAGCCAAAUCCGUACAGUUCCCCAGAUCCAUACAACCCCAAUCCCGACCCUUAUAAUCCCUAUCCUUAUAACCCCAACCCUAAUCCUUACAAUUCCCCAAAUACAAAUCCAUAUGACUCCCCGAGACCCUACGACUCUUCCAAUCCCUACGGAUCGCCCAACAACUACCCCUACCCCAACCCCUACAAUAGCCCUUACAGCGCUCCCUAUGGAUCCCCCUAUGGGUCUCCCUACAAGCCCCCCUACCACGAGGAUGAGGAUGAGGAUGACGAGUAUUAGUUUGGGCGCACGUUGCCAGGCUACGAGACAUUUGGGGGGCAGAGACGGGGCAGAGACGGGGGCACCCUUCCCUGCAGCUCUCCACCCGAUAUCACCUUUACUAUAAUGGCCAGAGAGGGGGCCUCCUAAUCCCAGUUAAACCCCACCGAACAUAGAAUUGUAUCGGCACGGCAAAAGGCCCUUCGGCCCACAAUGUGCGUGCCCAACAUCCCCUCUCCCCACCUCUUAACCCGCCUUCCAUAAGCUCGGCUACUGUCCAACUCACCUCCACCCCACGGCGGACAUUAGACUUUGUCCCUGGAACUGAUGCGCUACAAUGCUGAGAACUAUAUUCUGCACUCUGUAUCUUCCCCUUUGCUCCACCUAUUGUACAUGUGUUUGACGCAAUUGUAUAUAUGUAUGGUAUUAUCCGAUCCGUUUGGAUAGCACGCAGAUGCUUAUCGCUGUUACUUGGUACACGUGGUAAUAUUAAACCUAGACUUAAGCGCGAUGCCGAGUUAAACUAAUCUCUGCCUGCACGUGAUACAUAUCCCGGCCUUUCCCUGCAUAUCCAUUCAGACGUUAAGGGAAUGGGCUCGGUGAAACAUAGAAACAUAGAAAAUAGGUGCAGGAGUAGGCCAUUCGGCCCUUUGAGCCUGCACCGCCAUUCAAAAUGAUCAUGGCUGAUCAUCCAACUCAGUAUCCCGUAACUGCCUUCUCUCCAUACCCCCUGAUCCCUUUAGCCACAAGGGCCACAUCUAACUCCCUCUUAAAUAUAGCCAAUGAACUGUGUGGCCUCAACUACCUUCUGUGGCAGGGAAUUCCACAGAUUCACCACUCUCUGUGUGAAAAAUGUUUUUCUCAUCUCAGUCCUAAAAGAUUUCCCCCUUAUCUUUAAACUGUGACCCCUUGUUCUGGACUUCCCCAACUUCGGGAACAAUCUUAUUGCAUCUAGCCUGUCCAACCCCUUAAGAAUUUUGUAAGUUUCUAUAAGAGCCCCCCUCAAUCUUCUAAAUUCUAGCGAGUACAAGCCAAGUCUAUCCAGUCUUUCUUCAUAUGAAAGUCCUGCCAUCCCAGGAAUCAGUCUGGUGUACUUUCUCUGUACUCCCUCUAUGGCAAGAAUGUCUUUCCUCAGAUUAGGAGACCAAAACUGUACGCAAUACUCCAGGUGUGGUCUCACCAAGACCCUGGACAACUGCAGUAGAACCUCCCUGCAUGAAAGAUCAGCCAUGAUCCUGUGGGAUAAUCCAGCAGGAAUAAUGGGUUAAAUGGCCUUAACCUGCCUCUGAUGUUCUCUAGUUUAGAGGUACAGCAUGGAAACAGGCCCUUCGUCCCACCGAGUCUGUGCUAACCAGUGAUCCCCGCACACCAACACUACCCUGCACACACUAGGGACAGUUUCAACUUAUACCAAGCCAACCUGUACACCUCUGGAGUGUGGGAGGAAACCAAAGCUCUCGAAGAAAACCCCCAGGUCUCAAGCGCUGCAAGCGCGGUAAGGCAGCAACUCCACCACUGCGCCCCCGUGCCAUCACAUAUUGUUAUAUCACAUUAGAAUUAGGCUCCAACACUUGCCCAUCAGAGUCACAGAGCAGCCCAGCACGGAAAGAGGCCCUUCGGCCCACCUGGUCCGUGCUGCCCAAGUUGGCAUUCAUACCUUUUAGGAGCAUAAUUAGGCCAUUUGGCCCAUCCACUCCACGUUCAAUCAUGGCUGAUCUAUCUUUUCCUCUCAACCCCCAUUCUCCUGCCUUCUCCCCAUAACAAUAGACAAUACACAAUAGGUGCAAUAGUAGGCCAUUCGGCCCUUCUGAUCAUCCCCAAUCAGUACCCUGUUCCUGCCUUCUCCCCAUAUCCCCUGACUCCACUAUCUUUAAGAGCCCUAUCGAGCUCUCUCUUGAAAGUAUCCAGAGAACCGCUCUCCUCUGAGGCAGAGAAUUCCACAGACUCACAACUCUCUGCGUGAAAAACUCUAACCCCUGGCACCCGUACCAAUCAAGAACCUGUCAAUUUCCGCUUUAAAAAUAUCCAUUGAUUAACCUCCUGUGGCAAAAAAAAUCCACAGAUUCACCACCCUCUGACUGAAGAAAUUCCUCCUCAUCUUUCUAAAGCCCAUUCUUGUCGAGUCCCAUUUGCCUACAUUUGGCCCAUAGCUCUCUAACCCCAUCCUAACCAUAUAUCUGUCCAAAUGUCUUCUAGAAGUUAAAAAAAUAUUUGAUAUUUUAUAAUUUUGGUUUCAUUGAUUUUAAGUAACUGUUACUAGAUUUUAGUUACUGGUUUAGUUUUGUUAUCAGUAAACUGCCGUGCCAAAACAAAACGCUAUGAAAACUGAGAAGAUUUUGACUGAAUUAUCAAUUCACAUUAUAUUAUAUUAAAUAUGGGUGAAAAAUCCAAAUGUUUGACCAAUUUUCUGCCUUGGAUGUAAAAGAUCACAAGUGAUAGGAGCAGAAUUAGGCCAUUCGGCCCAUCAAGUCUACUCCGCCAUUCAAUCAUGGCUGAUCUAUCUCUCACACCUAACCCCAUUCUCCUGCCUUCUCCCCAUAACCCUUGACACCCAAACUAAUCACGCUGCACUCCCUCAAUAGCAAGAAUGUCCUUCCUCAAAUUAGGAGACCAAAACUGCAACAAUACUCCAGGUGCGGUCUCACCAGGGCCCCGAACAACAGCAGUAGGACCUCUUUGCUCCUAAACUCAAAUCCUCUCGCAAUUAAGGUCAACAUGCCAUUAGCUGACUCCACUGCCUGCUGUACCUGCAUGCUUACUGAUGUACAAGGACACCCAGGUCUCGUAGCACCUUCUCUUUUCCUACUGUGACACCAUUCAGAUAAUAAUCUGCCUUCCUGUUCUUGCCACCAAAGUGGAUAACCUCACAUUUAUCCACAUUAUACUGCAUCUGCCAUGCAUCUGCCCAGUCACCCUGCAGCCCCAUAGCAUCCUCCUCGCAGCUUACUGCGCAACACAGCUUUGUGUCAUCCGCAAACUUGGAUUUCAUUCUCUCAUUUAAAUCAUUAAUAUCUAUUGUAAAUAACUGAGGUCCCAGCACUGAGUCUUGCAGCACCCCACUAGUCACUGCCUGCCAGUCAUUGCUGUAGCCUUUCACUAUACGGUAUGUUUCAAUGAGGUGUCCCCUCAUCCUUCUGAACUCCAGCCAACAAGCAUUCAUCUUCUAAUGCGGGGCAAUAGACAAUUUCUUUCUCCACUGCCUGCUGUACCUGCAUGCUUAUUCUCAGUGACUGAUGUACAAGUCAGACAGAAGCAGGGACAAUCACCUUGACAGAGGAUGUGGGAGGAAACCAGAGCCCCUUGAGGAAAUCCACGUGGACACAGGGAGAUCAUGCAAACUCCACAUAGACAGCACCCCAAUUUAGUUCAGCAGGACAGGCGGCAUCUCUGGAGAGCAGGAAUGGGUGACGUUUCGGGUCAAGACCCUUCCUCAGACGGUCAUCAUCCAUUCCUUCUCACCAGAGAUGCUGCCCGUCCUGCGGAGUUGCUCCAGUGGGACGGGCAGCUCCUAACUUCGGUUUAAACCCAGCAGUUCCUUCCAACACACCCCAGUUUAGUUUCUUUGUUUAGAGAUACAGCGUGGCCCACCGAAUCCGCGCCAUCAAACGAUCCCCGCACGCUAACACCACCUUACACUGCACACUGGGGACAAUUUUACAUCAACUGCGGACCUACACCUCUUUCGAGCGUGGGAGGAAACCGAAGAUCUCGGAGAAAAUCCAUGCAGGUCAUGGGGAGAACGUACAAACUCGGUACAGACAAGCACCAGUGGUCGGGAUCGAACCCUGCUCUCUGGAGCAGUGAGGCAACAACUCUACUGCUGAGCCACCGUGGCGUACGGAUGCGCUUUCUUUGAUCUACCUCCAGGAUGAGCUAUUGGCUGAGUCACCUUUGGUCAAUGGUCAUAUUAUUGUUACUUGCAUCAGGUUCAGUGAAAUACAUUUGUUGCUGACAGAUCAGCAAGACUAUGCUUGUGCAUAAACACAAUCACCCCCAGCCAGGCCUGUGUAUACAGAACAACACACACAGUCCAUAUAUUAGAGGCUCCAUUUUACGAUAUGAUACAUAGUCAGUUUUUCGGAGCCCCGCGCGAUGUUGGGACCAUAGAAACAUAGACAUAGAAAAUAGAAGCAGGAAUAGGCCACUCGGCCCUUCAAGCCUGCACCGCCAUUCAAUAUGAUCAUGGCUGAUCAUCCAACUCGGUAUCCCAUCCCUGCCCCUGCCUUUUCUCUGUCGGGUCUCCGUUGUUGUUGGGGCCUAGCACCGUGGAGCGGCCUCCAACCGGAACGACCUGGGGCUCCAGUCGCGGAGGUGCAGAAUUACCAUCAUCCUGGCCGAGUUCGGAGCGGCGGUGGCGCGCUGCUGCGGCCCAACCCAGGAGAUUCGGGGGCUCCAGCCGCCGGCCCGGUGGACGGUGACACUGGGAGCCCGCGGGUCCCUGGUGGGAGACCGCUUUUCGGGGCUUUCACAAUGGCGACUUCUCCCGCCCGAGUUGCGGGGUUGAGGAUGACCUG